AUGGAGAACCAAAGCGUGUCUGAAUUCAUCCUCCUGGGUUUCUCCAUUGGACAUCCAUCAGAGCUCCUACUUGCUUUCCUAUCUUACCAUGUUUCAACCUUGGGAAGUAAUACCCUCAUCCUCUACAUUGCAUUACAAGAUAGCCACCUCCAUACUCCAAUGUACUUCUUCCUUGGCAAUUUCUCCCUACUGGACAUCUUCUUCACCACUGUCACCAGUCCACAACUGAUCUGGAACCUCCUCUCUGGUGACAAGUCUAUCUCUGUCAGUGGUUGCAUAACACAAAGUUAUUUCUAUUUCUUCCUAGGGACAGUACAGUUUAUUCUCUUGACCUCCAUGUCUUAUGACCGUUAUGCCGCUAUAUGCAGCCCAUUGCAAUAUCAUAUAAUCAUGAACAACCAGGUCUGCAUCCAUAUCAUAGUGGGUUGCUGGGUGGGUGGAUUCAUCUCUGUUCUUAUUCCCACCAUUCUGAUCUCCAAGCUAAUCUAUUGUAAGUCUAACAUCAUCAACCAUUUCUUUUGUGAUAGCGGCCCUCUGCUGAAUCUUUCCUGCAGUGACACCCAUCUCAUAGAGUUCAUAGACUUUUUGCUGUCAUCGGUUGUGAUCCUCAGUUCUUCAGUCUUAACCCUACUUUCUUAUAUAUACAUCAUCUCAGCCAUACUACGUAUCACCACUACUUCAGGUCGGGCAAAAGUCUUCAAUACUUGUGCUACCCACCUGACCAUGAUCUCUGUCGCCUCUGGUAUCAGCAUCUUUAUAUAUGUCACACCAUCCCAAAAGGAGACUCUUGAUAUCCACAAGAUCCCUUCUUUUCUCACCACAAUUGUCUGUCCAUUUCUGAACCCUUUCCUCUUCACACUGAAAAAUGAUGUGGUCAAACAAGCAAUAAGAGACAUG